AUGUGGGAGAUGUCAAUGGUCAGUGUAAUGUCACAUGUCUGUUUGUCGGCCGAGAGUACUGCUGAAAUAUUGCAAGACGCGUCAGACGACCACCAACCACCUGUACAAUCGAUUGUUGAAAGUACUCAUGAUGUGGGAGAUGUCAAUAGUCAGUUGACACGUGUUUGUUUGUCGCCGCCCGAGAGUGCUACUGAAAUACUGCAAGACGCGUCAGACGACCACCAACCACCUCUACAUCCGAUCGUCAAUGUUUGCACAUCAACAACCAAUCAUUCAAGUGAACCAGACACCACAAAUGCUUCACCUAAAAGAAAAAAACCUAAAAACCGUAUGUGUGAUGAAUUUGAGAAUAAUCCCAAUAAAGAAGGAGAUGAUGAUGACGGUGAUGAGAAUGAUGCUGACAAUUUGUAUCAGUGCCCUGAGUGUCCCAAAAAUUUCAAGUUCAAAAGUUGGCUAAGUAGACAUGCAAUGAAGCAUGAACGAUAUUACCCAUGCACAUAUUGCACUAAAACAUUCCAAAGAAAGUCAGAGUUGCAGUUGCACAUGCAGGCACAUACUGGCCAGAAGCGAUUUAAAUGCCCCGACUGCUACGCUUCAUACAAUGACUUGUCCAAUAGAAUUAAACACUGGAACCUUAAACACAACCCAGAGGCUAAACAAUAUGAAUGCGAUAGAUGUGGAGAAACAUUUACUUCAAUACCUGUUAGUAUGGUCCUCGGUGACAAAAGUUUUGAGACCAAAAGUGGUCGGUACGUGUUCUAUUCCAAAUCUCAAGUUUCAUCAAACUAUGCAAGGCAUUUGACAAUAUUUGUCGAUGAAGCGAUGUUCUUUUGGAUUUGCAGUUUGAAAGGGCUGUUUUCAGAUUUAUAUACUUUGAUGCUAGUUCAUUUAUUUAUACUGGGUUCUUAA